GUUCCUUUCAGUUUUUGGGUCUCCAUUCAUGAUUUCAUCGAUUCCUUUCAGUUUUUCAGUCCCUUGGGAGUGAUGUAUGUGUUGUGUAUGCGUCUCUGUUUCUUCUUUCACGAAACUUUCUAAUCCCUCUCCCAAACUUCCCCCCACACCUGGGAUUCCAACCCCAAAACUGAAAUCCUUCGACUCUUGAUUUUGACUCUUAAUUCGUCGGCACUUAAGUCUUUGUUGAGUGAAUGGCUAAACAAAUUGUUCCCACGCAACCUGGUGCUUCUUUUGAUUUCGAACUUCUUGAAGAUGAUCCCGACCGCCCUGACGUGUUGGCCUCAUCAAGCCGGACAAACCCAUGGAUUGAACCUGCGAAACUGAAACUUCGACACAGAAUUGGGAGGGGUCCUUUUGGGGAUGUUUGGUUAGCAACUCAUCAUCAGUCAACUGAAGACUAUGACGAAUUUCAUGAAGUGGCUGUCAAGAUGUUACAUCCAAUCAAAGAGAAUCUCACGAGGGCUGUGCUGGAUAAGUUUGAUGGUUUGUUUUUCAAAUGUUUAGGGGUAGGAGGCGUUUGUUCGCUGCAUGGGAUUUCGAUUAUAAGUGGAAAGAUAUGUAUCAUAAUGAAAUUCUACGAGGGAUCCGUUGGUGACAAAAUAGCUCGCCUUCGAGAGGGGAAGCUUUUGUUGACUGAUGUUUUGAGGUAUGGUAUUGAUUUGGCUCAGGGAGUUCUUGAACUGCACUCAAUAGGGAUUUUGGUGCUUAAUCUUAAACCUUCUAAUGUGCUUCUUAAUGAAAAUGAAGAAGCGAUUCUUGGUGAUUUUGGUAUUCCUUAUCUACUGCUUGGUAUUACAUUGCCAAGCUCAGAUAUGGCUCGCAGGCUUGGCACACCAAACUAUAUGGCUCCAGAACAAUGGCAACCAGAAGUAAGAGGUCCAAUAUCCUUGGAGACUGAUUCAUGGGGAUUUGGUUGCUGCAUAGUUGAGAUGCUAACUGGUGUUCAGCCUUGGCGCGGGAGAUCUGUGGAUGAAAUUUAUCAUUCAGUAGUCAGCAAGCACGAAAAGCCAUAUAUUCCUGGUGGCCUUCCUCCUUUACUGGAGCAUGUUCUUAUUGGUUGCUUUGAGUAUGACUUGAGGAAUCGUCCUUUGAUGACAGACAUAUUGCACGUGUUCAAAAGCAUGAAGAAUGCCCUCGACAAUGAUGGUGGCUGGACUGAUCUUGGGAGUAGGUCAAUCAUGGAAAAAUCAAGUAAUACCGGUUACACAAAGUGGUUCCUUGCCAAGGAUCAUCUGCAAGUGGGCGACAUGGUGCGUUCCAGAAAGCCUCCAAACUCAUCCAAACCUGAAAACAUGGAUGUCCCAGAAGGGACAGUAGUGGGUUUGGAACGUGACACAGAUAGAGAUGGUUUUGUUUUGGUUAGGGUCCAUGGCAUCCAUGACCCUUUAAGGGUUCAUGUCUCAACUUUGGAGCGGGUAAUGUUAGGCUUGGCAGCUGGGGAUUGGGUACGCUUGAAAGAAGAAGACAAGAAGCACUCACCAGUGGGUAUAAUUCAUUGCAUCAAUCGAGAUGGUAGUGUGGCAGUUGGGUUUAUAGGGAUGGAAACUCUUUGGAAGGGAAGCUCUACAGAGUUCCAGAUGGCAGAAUUUUAUUGUGUGGGUCAGUUUGUUAGACUGAGAGCCAAUAUUCUGAGCCCUCGAUUUGAAUGGCCUCACAAAAGGAGUGGGACUUGGGCUACAGGGAGAAUUUGGUGGAUCCUACCAAACGGGUGCCUUGUAGUCAAGUUUCCAGGAAUGUUGACUUUCGGAGAUGAAGGGACCACCUUCUUGGCUGAUCCAGCUGAAGUAGAAAUUGUUACAUUUGAUGCUUGCCCAGGGAUAGUAAAGAAAUAUAAUCACCUUGAGGAUUUUCACUGGGCAGUGAGACCACUUCUGAUUACACUGGGCCUAUUAACAGCCAUGAAGUUGGGCGUCUUUGUUGGAAAGAAACUGGGGAGGUCAAAUGUGAAGAAGCAACAGGCCAGUGCAAUCCAUACUGACAGCCAACAUAUGGAUGGUCAAAAUGCUGGAAACUCUGGGUGGAUCCCUCCAAAAGUGGCAAAUAUGCUUUUCUGAGGUGGUGUCUGCCCUGCUCGGCAUCUGUUGUGCUUAUAUUAUCUGCCCAAAGCUGGUUACGUUUGCCAAAGAGUUCAUUCAGAUUGGCAUAGCUAGUCAGUUGGCUAGUGAAGGGCAUCUGGCUUUCCGCUAAAAAGUGCAAUGGGAAAUAAUAUUUCUACCAAAUGCCUGUAUAUCGUACAGCACAAACAUGUCUACCUGUUCAUAAUUGUAAAUAUUCACUUGCGCUAGUCUUGAGUAAUUUCCGUGAUUAUUGUUAAUGCUGGCUGGUUUAGCUUGUGAACGUGCUCAUUUUGUGACUCCGGGAAACCUAGUCCUGAAACACAGGACCGGUUAUGAAUAGAGUGGCAAUUUGCAGCUU